UCCUCCUCCCCGUCCUCCUUAUCACCCCCAUGUCCACCGCAAGAGCGUCCGCGGUCUCAUCGCGCCGCGCAACCAAUCAGUCAACCUCGUCCACGAAUUCCAACGGCUCAAGCCGCAGUGAGCGCGGCGACCGCUCUGAACGAACUCGCACAGGUCCGCCGGCAGUAGAGAGUGCAGUUACCCGCCUUCUGGUCUCCAUCAAGCAACUCCUCGAAUCCCUCACCAAGUGGAGCGCCAGCGAAGUGGAUGAGAGCUUCAUCAGCGAUGUCUACGUCCGCCUGGGGAACGACUUCAAUGGCGCGGUAGCAGCCUUCGCCAUGUAUAGAAUUGAAAUGACCGAGCUCAUGGGGGUACCUGAAGCCCUGCGCGCGGUCCUUGAGACUUGUCUGUCAGAAGAGGCGACGAAGGAGACACUGGACCAGUAUCUUCCGAAGGUGCGCGGCAUCAUCACCGACCUGCUCCAAGGCCUGCGGCAAAAGCAGUCCAUGUAUCGGCGAAUCGUUUCGGACAGCCGGCAUCGCUCGUCCGGGACGGAUGGGGGAAGCGACAGAGAUAGCAGGGCGUCGCGAUCAGAUCGGUCGUCGAGGAGGCAAGUAGAGCAAGCCGUUGCAAACGGAGAAGGGUCGGAGGGUUCGCGGUCGGGGGACAUGCGCAGGAGUACGCCGGCAGCGAAGCGCAAAGAUGUCCCUUCUAUGCAAGCAGGAGCAGCGAAUGAAGAAGUGCCUGCAGCUCGAUCAUCCACCCCAGUGCAAGCCUCCUCUCGCCCCCAAACACCAGUCCAACCCCGCCCUCAGCUCGCUGCUGUUCAGUCCUACUCUAGCCCUCGUGUGGCGCUCUCAGAUGUCAGUGAACCGACCCCGUCGCGUGUACGUUCUGCAUCCGCGAUUCAAUCAUCGCAAACAAAUGGCUUUCAUGACCGCGACGCUACACCGCGACACCACUCACUACAUGAAAGCCGUCACUCUGAAGAUACCACGCCCAUUCCGACACCUCCAUUACCCCAACCUCAGGCUCGUCCACCAUCGGGCGUGCCCGCGCACGUCAAGCGCUACUCGCUGACCGACCGACCCGUCACUUCACCAACCCCGCCACCUGCCGUCGUUGUUGAUGAGCCGACUUCACCACCAAUCGAGCAAACUUCGUCGCAGGCGGAGUCGCCCCAGAUCAAUGGCGAUGGCGAACUUCCUUCUUCAGAUUCGCAGACCCUCGCUGCCGAGCCUGGCGUCCAGACAUCUCUGGCCGCGCUCCGGGACCGCACCACUCUCGAGCGGCGCGCGUCGAAGCGCUUCUCGUCGUACAAUUUUGCGAAGAUGGUCGGUGGAGGCUCGCUUCGCGAGCGACCAUCCGGCUCUGGGAGUAGUACACCGAAUCGACGUUCGUUGGCUGUCUCGAGCGCGCUCAGUCCCGGCGACCUAGCGGUACUCACAGAGGCUGAGGAAGACGGAGCUAACUCUGCCACCCCAUCCCCCGUUCGACGGACAAGGAGCAAAUCACGCCAGCCCCCGAGAAAUCCGAGUCCUAUCGCAGAGGAGGAGGAGGCGCCCCCUGUGCCAGCACUUCCGCCUAGAGAACCAACACCCCAAGCUCCACUAGACGUGCCAUUCGCCUCAGCUGCCGCUGCAGGAUCGCCGAAGUUGCUGACGGUGUUCCUUCAGGUGGGACGGGAGGUCAAGAAGGCGACGUUUGAGCCGGGCAUGACGCAGUCGAGUCUUAAGCUACUCUUCGUCGACAAGUUCUCGUACAACCCUGGCCAGGAUAACUUCCCCGCGAUCUAUAUCCGGGAUCCUAGUAGUGGGGUGCAGUAUGAGCUUGAGAACAUGGACGAGAUCAAAGACCGAUGCUCGCUGGACCAGAUCAAGCAGCACAUCGACCUGCAGAUGGCUUCGCUCGCGCAAGAGAUGAAGGAUCUCCGGGCAGCCGUCUCCACGAACAGACGGGCGUCCAUGCCACCACCUAUGAUCAUCGCCCAGCCACUCGCUGAGAGCACCCCAGCAACCGCGCGGCCGAGUGAUCACCAGUUCCGUAAGGUCGCUCGGCGACUGUCGCGCCUCCUACCCGACGACGUACCAUUCUUCGAAGAAGAGUCAACGCCCAUGGCACCGCAGAUCACAGGCGCGUCGAUCCAGCCACAAAUGACUGGCGCAUCUGUCACGUCCGAGUACACGAACCGUGUCGUCACCGAUCUGAAGACGCAGUUCGACGAGGUGCAGAACCUGCGACGCGACCUCGGUAUCAUGCGGCAGCUGUACACCGAGUUCAUGAAGCAGACGAAGGACUCUCUCGGUCAGCUCCGCACGCAGACACAGAACGUCCGCCAGCUUGCAUCCAACAAGAUCGGUGGCGCACGGCAGUACAUCGACGACGGGAAGGCCAAACUCGACACUCGCAGUCAGACCGUGCUCACGAAGAUGGAGGAGCUACAAGACACCGUCGAGAAUAUCAAGGACGACGUUAUCAAGCGAUCUGUCACGCCCAAGCCAUGGGUGCUCAAGAACAUCAAGGGCGACAUGGAAGCGACCGUGAAGCCGAUGUGGAAGAAGACGUGGGAAGAGGAGCUGCAGAACAUCGUCGAGGAGCAGCAAUUCCUUCAACACCAAGAGGAGUUCCUCAGCGAUCUCCUGGAGGACAACAAGGCCGUCAUCGAAGUGUGGGGGCAUGUCGAGAAGAUCAUUUCGCUGCGCGGAAAUGCCUCGGCGAGAGCCAGUCGUUCGAAGGGCUUCAAGCCGCCACCGAUGGACGCAGGCCAUACCGGUCUCAGUACAGUCAUGCUUGAGAUCCGUGGUGCAGCUGCCGAUCAGGAGCGACGGCUCAAGGCAAUUGCAGCGACAGAGAAGGCGCGGGAGAAGGAGCUGGCCAGCCGGUCUGACGAGUUCCAGAAUGAGCUGAGUGGUUUCGUGGAUGGCAAGAAGCUCAAGAGGACGGGCGGUGCGGAGGAGGUGGAGAGGGUGCGACAACGAAGGAACGAGCAGACGUUGAAGGCCAUGUUCACCGGCGGAUCCACGGCAUCUGCGAACGAUUCCGGUAUGAAUUCGGUGCCUGCUUCGCCUCUCUCGCCGUGAUGAACAGCGAUGAUACCCCUUCGUCUUCCUUUCCGAUUAGUUGUACGCUUUUGCUCGCUUUCCGGUGCUCCAGACACUCAUUUCGCUCUUAGUAUGCCUCCCACAGCGGAGGAAACGGACUGUCGUCUAUUCGAUCCCUCAGUUGUAUCUAUCACUUCAUCCAUGAAUCUGAUAAUUACGCUCAUGCUUUCUUCGGCACCCUCCCUUGUGUGUAGAACUAGGUUAGAUAAUGAUAUCUAGUGUGUAUCCCUUCGAAUGCUCAGACUA